CUCAAUAGCAGUUUAUGUAGUCUGAAAUGGGCUUCUUUUCAAGUUAGAAACUUAUUGGACAUUCAUAAGAUAUUCAAGCUCUGAAUUACAUCCGACGCAAGGAACUAAAUUCUGGUGUGUCUAGCGGUCGAGGAGAAGGGGGCAUUUAUACUGCGUAUUUGAUCAAAGUUUCUGGUUAUUUCUUGCAUCCCUAGGACAGAUAUCACGGCGAAGGCGAAAUGAACAAAGAGGAAAAGAGCUUUCCCUUAUGCGCAGGUACAGCUGGCUAUAACAGUAUGAAAUCGCUCCUUGUCCAAACCUUGCACGCUUGAAACUGGUGUCCCUCAAGGCUCUGUACUGGGGCCUCUUCUGUUCUCCCUCUAUACCAGAUCUCUGGGCUCUGUAAUUACAUCACACAGCUUUUCCUAUCACUGCUACGCUGAUGACACUCAGCUAUUUCUCUCUUUUCCCUCAUCUGACAAAGCCCUGAUUGCAACACGCAUAUCUGAAUGACAACUGCCCAUCACCUGAGGCUUAACCUCAACAAGACUGAGCUCCUAAUGUCAGGGAAAGAUUUCCCACACAUGGACUUUCUGGUCACUGUUGAGAACAUCACUGUAUCUCCUUUAACUGCUAGAAACCUCGGUGUGGUACUGGACAAUCAGUUAUGCUGCACCGCAAACAUCACCGCGGUGGCCCGAUCCUGCAGAUUUGCACUUUACAACAUCUGCAGGAUCCGGCCCUUCCUCACAAGGGAAGCAGCUCAGCUUCUAGUCCAAUCACUGGUCAUCUCCCGCCUCGACUACUGCAUCUCGCUCCUGGCUGGACUCCCUGCCACUGCGAUUAAACCUUGCAGAGCAUCCAGAAUGCGGCAGCGCGCCUCGUGUUCAACCUACCUUAGUUCUCCCUUGUGACCCCCCUCUUCCGGGACCUCCACUGGCUCCCUGUAUCAGCUCACAUCAGAUUCAAGAUGAUGGUACUGGCAUACAAGGCAGUCAAUGGAACUGCCCCUGCCUAUCUCCAAGCUUUGGUCAAGCCACACAACCAAACUCGAUCCCCCCGCUUAACUACCUCAGCUGGAUGUCUGCUACCGCCAUCGCUAAGAGCAAGCAAAGGUCGGUCAGCAAAGUCACAACUUUUCUCUGUUUUGGGAGCUCAGUGGUGGAACGAGCUCCCUGCUGAUGUCAGGAUUGCAGAGUCGCUCACCAGCUUCCGCAAAAGACUCAAAACCCACCUGUAUAGAGUUCACCUCGACUCUGCAUAGCCACCCAGCCCCUUCUGGCCACCAUUGUAUGUUGUACGUCCUGGCACUUAAUGUACGCACUUAUUGUGCGCACUUAUUUAUAGCACUUAAUUGUGUAGCGUCUGCAGUAGCUGCUAUCACUGCUGUACACAGGGAAUGGCUUAGCCUAGCAAUUGUUAGUACUUGCACUUGGUUCUAUGAACAUCUUUACUGUACUGACAGCGAUAUAUUGUUUCACUUCUUAUGACAAAUGUACUUAUUGUAAGUCGCUUUGGAUAAAAGUGUCUGCUAAAUGUAAAUGUAAAUGAAAGGGGCGGUGUAAAACUGUACUGCACUCAAAUUGUAGGGUCAUCCAACCAGAAAAUACAAAUUCUUACAUUUUGGUGCUAUUACACUUUGACAUUGCUGAAACACACCGAAGCCUAUAGCACAAGCAUAAAGCACAAGCGUCAUGCGCAUCCACUUUUGUUCAGCUCCCAUGUCAAUAAAUGAGUACUUACUGGGAUAACCUUUCAGUCACCACAACGUAUUUUUACUAUUCACACAUGCGGCUACGUGCUGGAACAUUGCCGUCUUGCGUCCUUUCACACAUUGCAUGACAGUUAUGGAUGCUGGACGCCAUUAAAGUCACGGACUGAGAGGAGCUUGCUUAUUUCAGGAUCAGUCCAGUUUACAGCUAUUCUUCAUAGAAGGAUACUUGAUCGUAAGCAAAUUAAGCUCUGUUGAUAUUAUUAUCGAAUCAACUGAAGAAGCAUCGGCAUAUUAAGGGAAACUGUAGUGUAUUCAAAACCAUCUGCAGGGUCUGGUGGAGAUGUGUGAAGUGUCUUGCGUCAGCCCUGCAAGGUGACAGCCAGCCCGUCGGGAGCACUGAGGGGUAGGUGCCUUGCUCAGGGAAACCUUGACACUCUAACUUGCAACCUUGCAUGGUUACCAGCCAAUCCGCUCUUCCUCCUGACCCAUUGCUGCCCAACUGUCACUAGGUCUUGCCAAAUUGACAGUGCAGAUACCUGUUACCAUGUAUACAGAACCCCAUGCAGGACAUGUUCCUUUGCAUGGUAAGACCGCAUGUGUGAAAGCGGUUUAAUACACCUCCGGUGGGACGACAAGGAAUCAAGAAAGUUCAGCUUCCGUUAGGUUGGAGCCUUGGCGUAUUUCGGCAUCUGGUUCAGAAAUUGUCAUUGUACAUGAAGUGGAUAUUAAUAAUGGUCGGAAUCAAAUAUCACAGUUUUUGCCCUUUGAAGCAGCUCACUUGUAAAGACCACUUACUGACACUUUUUGUGGCAGAGAGGGAAUUAAAUGUAAUUAUUUUUUAAUGAACACAUAUUAUUACAGAUUGAGUCCCUGAAGCACUCUUGUAAUUAAGAGAAAGUAUGUAACACACACACACACACACACGCGCGUAAAUGAAUGCACUCGUGCACACACACAGAUUUAUGCUAUAAUUGGCUGCAUAAAAUGUUCAUAUUUACAACUUGAAUUGACAGAUUUGUAACCAGGUUUAUUUCUUCAUCGUUGAUAGACAUGAAAGCGCUAUUUUUUCGAAGCUAUGCUUUACAAUCCAUGCUAUGCCACUGUACAAUAUAACAUUUUUUUUUUUUUUUAAAUGAACACACAUUCUAUGCAGAUAGGAGCCAGGUGUUUCUCUUCUUUUUGUUCUUUAUUUUGUUGUUUAUAAUGUCAACAUUUAUAGAGCCAGGUGGAUUGGUACAUCAAAUUCUCCCUCCACUGCCCUUCCGAGAAGUAAGUGUGUGUGUGUGUGUGUGUGUGUGUGUGGGUGUGUGCGUGUGCGUGUGUGCGCACGCAUUCUGAGGGGUCCGGGAAGCUGUUCUUGGUAGGUAGGACUGGGGUUGUGAGUAAUGGUGGUGGUGGAUCACAUCAGUGUGUGGUUGUAUGAGAGCAGGACUAAUGGAGGUGAUGUGUGUAAUCAGUAGAACCAUCACGUCUUUAGGGUAAAUAUGUAUUAUAUUUAUAUAUGUAUAUGUAUUAUAGAAAGGACAAAUUGCGGGGUUAAAAUGUUACCCCCAUUGUCAGAACCAAAUCGAUAGGAAUAGUUCACAGCGUGCUCAUUAAAGCUGAAUUGAUCUUGAGGGAUUUCAUAUUCAAUGUCCUUCAGCCAUGAUUGAUGCCAUCAUUAUGUUUCGCAAACAUCAGUGCAGAUGAGCUGGUGGCGUGGGGCCAGUGGAGUGGGGGGCAUGUCUGGAAGGGCCUGAAUGGAUGCCGCCAUCGGGGUCUUUAUCUCGAAGCCCCCAAACAUAGACUCAUCUCCAUACCGCACGUCUCACUCCGAGCCCUCACACUCACACACACAAGCAUGCAAUGUUAUUGACUCUAUAAUGCCAUGCACUGCAUGUCCUGGCGGUGCUUUGUGCUCUGCGGUUCUUCCCUGACAGUUAUUAACAUUGAGGUCUGGUGGCUUUUUGCACGGGGAACUGUAAUGUAUUUAUAUGGUAAAGUACAGGCGUCCUUACACUCAUCCUGUCCCUGUCUCAUUCACUUUUUACUUUCACUCAUUCAAUUUCAAUUCGCUCUCCCUUGCCAAGUUCCCCGGUCAACACACGAUAUUUGCUCAUCUCUGCCUCUCGGAUUCCUUUCUCGUUCCAGCCAUCCCUUUUCCUGUUUUUUACUCUCGCUCUCUCGCUCUCUCAUAUCCGAUUUCUGUCUUUCAUAUCCGAUCUCUGUCUCUCUUAUAUCCGAUCUCUUACCGAUCACUCUGUGUUUCCUCUAAUAACAUGUCCUCCUCUAAAUAACCUCUAUCUAAUCAUAGUGAUCACCAUGUAACCAGAAUCCUCCUCAGCUCAUGUAUUUUCAAAGGCUUAACAGCAGGGAGGCGGCUGGAAUAAUAACUUUGCUUCGUUGAUCACAUAUGGGCCCGGGCCAAGGUUACCUUCUCUACACUAAUCUGUGUCUGACAGACUCCACUGCGUUUUCUAGAGACAAGGGAAUGUAGAAACGUCCCAGUGUUAUGGUUAUCUCCUCUGGCUUAGGGACAUUUAAACAAAAAGCCAUUAUGGAACCGCCGCAAGCCAUCUGAUCGGGUAUUGUUUUGUUUUAUCAGGAAUAUGUGCUUGAUAGACCUCUACUUUUAGAUUGUCGUCGUUCUCCGACAACAGAAUGACAUGUCCCUUUCCUUUGUGUCGGGUGUGAGUGGUGUCUGUUGCUUCAGUUCCACCUAACUUUAACCAAAACUGAAGCCAAUUUUGUGUUUUACUCAAACGCUUUCCGAGAGACGUUUCUUUCAGCAAGUUGAUCAGAGCAUGUUUGAGAACUCGGUUGCCCAGCAUCAGAUUAACCAGAGCCCCAGGCUGGGCCAGCCCUCGGCCCGCCGCGCCACAGGCCCUCCGCAGCCCACCUUGGACUCGUCGCCCUCCGGCGGCCAGCAGAGGCUGAAGAACGCCAUCAAUUUGGGCAAGGCGGUCGGGGCAAAGGUGAACGACCUCCUGAGGAGGAAGGAGCAGAGCCACCUGGGGGACAUCGGCGUGACGGAGGUCAACAAGAACGUAGGAGCUGUGUGGAGCUGCUUGGACCAGGUCAACCAGUCGGCUGUCAACAGCCACGACUCCUCCUCUUCCCGGGCCUUCGACGCCUUCCCCCGGCUAGACCCCCCGCCGCCCACCGGCAGGAAGCGGCUCCCGCGCGCCCUCAAGACCACCCGGGACAUGAUGAUCUCUUCCGACCCGGUGGUCCCAGCGCCCGACGCCCCGGACCCUUCCCCGUCCCCGUCCCCCUCCUCCCCCCUGACCGCCCCCGACCGGACGCCCCUGCUCAGUCAGGAGGCCGAGGUGGAGGCGGGGGGGGGCCCGGGGCCGGGACAGGGAGAUCAGGAGGAGGAGGGGGGGGGAGGGGGAGGGGGAGGCCGAGAGGUGCGACCAGAACCAGAAGGUGAACUGGUUGACCAGCAGGGGGCAGGAGAACAACUGGGAGGACAUCCUGGAGUCGGAGGGCCGGCUCGAAGCCCAGAAGCACCAGGGGCCUCCGACGCCGACCCAGCUUCAGCACUCGGUUCCGGACCUCAUCCACAAGGACCCCCCGUGUGGGUCCCGGGAGGAGGCCAGGCAGGCGUCCGCUCCCUGCCCCGGGAAAGGGCACUACCGGAUCGGCACGGGGGAGGAGCUGCUGCUGCUUGAGAACGGGAGCGCGGGCGGCGCCCCCUGCAGGAGCGUGGAGAGGAACGCGGACGAGGCAGAGCGCCACCCGGACCUGCUGUCCUUUGAGUAGCUGGAGUGGGACCCCAGAGGGGGGGGGGGGGGGGACAACGGCACAAAGGAUUGGGGCUAGCUGUGUUUUUUUUAUAUAUAUCUGAUGAUACUAUUAUGUUUUUAUUACACUUAAGCGGCUUUAAGGAGCAGUCAACCCACCCCGAGGUUACUGAAAUAUUUAUAAUCCUUGAAUAUGUAAUUUGCCCUCCGGAGGCGGGAAUGGUUGAGACCUGCCAUCCGUUCUCUCUCUCUCUCUCUCUCUCUCUCUCUCUCUCUCUCUCUCUCUCUCUCUCUCUCUCUCUCUCUCUCUCUCUCUCUCUCUCUCUCUCUCUCUCUCUCUCUCUCUCUCUCUCUCUCUCUCUCUCUCUCUCUCUCUCUCUCUCUCUCUCUCUCUCUCUCUCUCUCUCUCUCUCUCUCUCUCUCUCAUAUCAUAUUAUGUCUCAACCAUGCAGCCCUCAUUCCCGAGAUGUCCACGUUUUCCGCUGUUUCAUUAUUGAUAAGGCACUCGCUGUCAAUCUAACAAGCACAUUACAUUGUUUUAACUUGGUAUUUCUAGGCCUGCAGAAGAUGUGCGUGAAGUAGAGAACAUGUGGAUAUGUUUAUCAUGGGGUCAGCCCGCAGGUGUAGUGAGGGACACAGCUUUUGCUCCCCCCCGGCCUGAAGAGCCAGGCUGCCACUGAGAUGUGAUUAUUCACUGAUUUGUACGUGGCGGCCGCCCUUGUCUGAAGUGGCGUCUCACACCCCACCAACAGGCCCGGUCUUCGGGGGGGGGACCAGUGGGUCAUUGGCUAGCAAUCUAAUCAAGGAGGCACAAUGCAAUCAAUACAUUCAUGUGACUCUAACUUCCGGAUUACAUCUCCCGCUUGCUUCCAGAGUGCCGGAGAACACAGUGUUUACUGGACUGGACUGGCCUUGAAACUGCUAGUAGUAUACGGGAGGGGGACGAGAGUUGACGAGCAGGAGACGGGGAGAGAUACCAAGGAGGUAGGGUUUCAUUUUGGGCGUAUGGAAUGACAAGACCAAAGCAAAAAAAAAAUUAAAGGGUAAUUUCAUUGAUGGGAAAGUUUUUUUUUUGGGGGGGGGGGGGGGAUUUUUAAUAAGCAAUCUUUAUGGAAAGAGAAGCAUUAUGGAUCAUAUGAAUUUGAUUAUAUAUUCAACUGAAUCUUUUAUAUGGGCACACACUCUUUUCAGACAUUGCUUAUAAUGAAAUGAAUACCAAAGUUAACACUCUUUUUAAUAAUCGUUUAUAAAUUUGUAUGCAUUUGUAAAUAUUAUAAUGUAUUCUGUUGGAAGUGUGGAUUAAGAUCAUGGUCUUGUUAUUAUAUAAUCUCAAGAUCACUAAAACUGGAUCCUUGUGAGGUUUUAGUGGAAGCAUGUUUUUCGUACCUGGCUGCUAGCUGUUGUUUUGGGCAGCGUCUACGUUGGUGAGGGGAAAUUCAAGCGUUUUGUCCCAUGCCCUUGUGUGCCAGUAAAUAUCUGCUUAUUUCUGCAAUAGUACACAAGGAAAUGCUUGUUUUCGUGGUGGAGAGAAGGGAAUUCAAUGAAAUUAAAGGGUAUUGAGAGAGAAAGAAUGAGCCGGUCUAAAGGGCAUUCACAAUCAAGGUGUUUUCUUCAUUGAGUACUUGGUUGCUUUUGAGCCUUGAGUAUUUUCACCUUAAUUUCAUUUAUUGAUCAUGUUUUGAGAGACAAAAACGGCUAACACAAAGCCAAUACAAGAUGAGAAACACAAAAGAACCUGCCAAAAUCUUCUUGUUAUUUAAUAUUGGAUGUUUGGGGUACAUGCCCCAGGAUAUGGCUGUCAAUACAGACAUAUAUCUGGAUGGAGAGAUUUUGACGUGAACAUCAUUCAUCUUCAACUAAAGAAAGUGUUGAGUGUUUUUAUCAGUUGACGUACGAACACCCAACGAAAUGCACGUACACUUUGACUCUGAAAGUAAAAUUUAUACAAUUUUCUUUUGUCUCGAGGAAUCUGUAUGUUUGGACCAAUGUGACAUAUAUUUGUAUGGUAGCAAUUCAUUUGGAAGAGCAUGACUAACUUUUUACUGAAUCAAUAUAGAUACUUGUAUGAGUGAACUACAGUAUUUUAACAUCUGAUCAUAUGAAGGGUGUACAUUUUUCAUCGAAUAUAUUUUAUACUGUUUGUUAUUUUGUGAAUAGAAAAAUAUUUUCUAACAAAUGAAGGAAUUUGAUUUAAUUUGAAUUUAUAUGUUUGUAGAAUAGUUUCCACGUUAUCUGUUCAACUUCCAUCAAAUCUUUAACUUGAUUUGACUUAUAUGAUUUAUUAUAUUUUGUGCUUUUUAUUGUUUGUUAAUGGAUCAUCACAUUUUAUUAGAUUUGAUUAAUGAAUGUAGACUGAAUUGCUUCUCACCAGCUUGUAAACACAAACACUGGACAUUUCUGUGAUUAUUCAAUAAGAAUUUUAGAUUAUCAAAUUCAAUGCAAAAUAUAUAUAUUUUACUGAAACGUGAUUUUCUGAAAGCUAAUAGACCUAAUGCUGAAUGAAUGGGGAUACAUGUAUGUUAAGUAUUUGUCCAAUUCAGAUGUUAUUGUAUUUUUUUAUAUAGUAUCUCCUUGAUGCUGAUUUGCUCAAUGGGUUUGUAUUAACUGCUGUAAACAUAUCAAAAAAUAAUGAAUGAAUCUUUACACCUUA